AUGAAGUUCGGCAAGAGCCUGAGCGGGCAGAUCGUGGAGACUCUCCCGGAGUGGCGCGACAAGUUCCUGUCCUACAAGGACCUCAAGAAGCGCCUCAAGCUCAUCGGCGCCGGGAACGGGGCCGAGCGGCAGCCGAAGCGGGCCCGCCUCGACGACGCCGGGGAGGCUGACGCGUCCGCGGCGGCGGCGGCGAUGACGCCAGAGGAGGUGGAGUUCAUGCGGCUCCUGGAGGCCGAGCUCGACAAGUUCAACUCUUUCUUCGUCGAGAAGGAAGAGGAGUACAUCAUCCGCCAGAAGGAGCUGCAGGACCGGGUGGCCAGGGCGGCCGGCCGGGAGUCCAAGGAGGAGCUCAUGCGGGUGCGCAAGGAGAUCGUCGACUUCCACGGCGAGAUGGUGCUGCUCGAGAACUACAGCGCCCUCAACUACACCGGAUUGGUUAAGAUUCUCAAGAAAUACGACAAGAGAACUGGAGCCCUGAUCCGGCUGCCCUUCAUCCAGAAAGUUCUUCAGCAGCCUUUCUUCACCACUGAUCUCCUGUACAAGCUUGUGAAGCAGUGUGAAGCCAUGCUGGAGCAGCUCCUUCCGGUUAGUGAGGCAUCUGUAUCAAGUGAAGAUGUAAAAGGAGACAGUAAUGAUGAAAAGAAGCUGGCAAAGCCAAGUUCUUCCUUGGUAAAUGGUGGUGGCAUUCCAGAGUUAGAUGAGAUUGAGUACAUGGAGAGUAUGUACAUGAAGAGCACCGUCGCGGCCCUUAGGUCACUGAAGGAGAUCCGGAGCAAGAGUUCAACUGUCAGUAUGUUCUCGUUGCCACCUCUUCAGGGCAACAAUGCACAGGACAGUUACCAGAUCCGGGCAGAGCAAACCAAACUAGAUGAGGAGCCAGAUAGGUGGAGCAAAGUAACAGUGAUAGAGCAGGCGGCCAAAUGA